GUAUUUUUCCAGAACUCAUUCCGUUUUAUUCCCACAGAUUAUGGUAUCGCUAACGAGAAAGAGAAGCGCUUUGUUCUCCCCGUUGAUGGGCUCAAAAUACGUAGCGUGGAGACUGGUUUCUUUGGUAAGAAACAUGUGUUUGCGCUAUUUUACCCCGACGGUCGCAAUGUCUACAAGGACUACAAGCAGCUAGAGCUCUGUGCAGAGACAGCGGAGCUCGUAGAUUCGUGGAAGGCCUCUUUUCUGCGCGCUGGCGUUUAUCCAGCCAGGCCUUCUAAUGAUUCCAAGGAUAUGGGCGAAAGUUUUAGCGAGGAGACCGCUGAUCCACAACUGGAACGUCAGGUCGAGGUCAUUCGUAAUUUAGUGGACUCAUACAUGAAGAUUGUUCAUAAGACGCAGCGUGAUCUGGUGCCUAAAAUCUGCAUGCAUAUGGUCGUGAAUAAGGUGAGCAAGCCAAUUAUUUGUUUGUUUUUUUGUAGAAUAACAGCCUCCUUAGUUAGACAUCCUCAAUAA